AUGUCCCCUGGCAACUACAACAGCUGGACCAAGACGGGCCUCAUCCAGCGCGUUAAGGAGCUGGAGGACGAGCUGAGAGCCCGAUCUGGAGCUUCUGGAGCAGAGGCCGCUGCCCUAACGGAACCUGUUUCGGCAGGGACGGAGACAAAGAAGCCCAAGGGACCAAAGGCAAGACGUAAAAUGGACCCCUCACGCUACUCUUCACGCUUCAUUGCCCUCAAGCUGGCGUACCUGGGCAAAAACUACGGCGGCUUCGAGUUCCAAGCCGUGGGCAACCAACCGUCCAUCGAAGAGGAGCUGUGGAACGCCCUCACCAAGGCGUGCCUCAUCUUUCCAGAGGACGAGAGAAUCGUCCAGUUCGACUGCUGCGACUAUUCCAAAUGCGGGAGAACAGAUCGCGGAGUCAGCGCCUUUGGACAGGUCAUUGGCUUGAGGGUCCGGAGCAACAGACCGCUUCUCAGGAAGCCCGCCGCAGAUGCUACCGUGUCCGCUGCGGCCGCAUCGCAAGAGGCAGAGGCAGAGACAGAGACAGAGGCAGAGGCAGUGGCAGAGGCGGAGGGCCCGGGCCCGGGGGGACUCUCCCAACAGGACAAGCCAUUCGACGACGUCCACGACGAGCUUUGCUAUCCGAUGAUUUUGAACCGGCUGCUACCUGACGAUAUUCGCAUCCUGGCGUGGUGCCCGUCGCCACCCGUGGAUUUCUCUGCGCGGUUCUCCUGCCGCGAGAGACAGUACCGCUACUUUUUCACCCAGCCUGCGUUUGCCCCGGACCCGGCCCAUCUUGAGGCAGCACCGCCGCCACCAUCCACGACAACAGCUACAGCUACAGCUACAUCUACAGCUACAGCUUCAACCCCAGCAGCGGGCGGGAGCGUCAAUGGCCUCAAGACAGGGUGGCUGGACGUGGCCGCCAUGCGAGAUGCCGCCAAGCGUUUCGAGGGCGACCACGACUUCCGCAACUUCUGCAAGAUCGACCCGGCCAAGCAAAUCACCAAUUUCCGCCGGCGAAUCUACGAGGCUGACAUUGUGCAGGUCGAGAAUGCCAGCUUCGCCCUCGACUACCUGCAACAGCCAAGCUUCUCCGCUUCUGGGACGCGAGGAGACGACGCGAGCGGAUCCCGCCCCAAAGUCUACUACUUCCACGUCAGGGGCUCGGCCUUUCUGUGGCACCAGAUCCGACACAUGGUGGCCAUCCUGUUCCUGGUCGGGCAGCGCCUCGAACCCGCCACCAUCGUGUCGGAGCUGCUCGACACGAACAAGAACCCCAGGCGGCCGAGCUACGUCAUGGCCGACGAGGUUCCGCUCGUUCUCUGGGACUGCAUCUUUCCGGACCUUUCGCAGGAGGACCAUGCCGCGGCCGAGGCGCCCCGCGAGCGAAACGACUGCCUGGACUGGAUCUACGUGGGCGACGAGCACGCGUCGGCCAAGUUUGGCCAGUUUGGCGUCAUGGACACCACGUGGCAGCUGUGGAGGGGCCACAAGAUGGACGAGCUGCUGGCAGGUCAGCUGCUGCAGCUGGUCUCGCGGCAGGGCAAGUCGGGCGACGAGGAUGGCACAGCAGCAGCUGCCGAGCCAGCCGCACGAGUCGGCAGCAAGAGCAAGAGCAAGAGCAAGAGCAAGAGCAAGAGCAAGGGCACGGGCACGGGCACGGGCACGGGCACGGGCAGCGCCCGGCUUUUCGAAGGCGGGAAUGGCGCGCGCCUCGGCGGGCGGUACGUGCCCGUGAUGAAGAGGGAGCUGCUGCAGUCACCCGAGGAGCAGAACGACCGAUACGCCAAGCGCAAGGGGUACGCCGACGCAGGGGAUAUGAGGGCGCGAAAGUUUUGCACAUGUGAAUAG